AUGGACUCGAGGCCUCCACACGCCAGCCAUGCGAACGGCGUGCUACAGUCCAAGGAGGAGGGGGCUACUGGCUCCCCUAACCGCAUCGCGCACACGCUCACGGCCUGCUGCCGCUGCCGCACGCGCAAGACGCGAUGUGAUCCUGGCCUACCCCGCUGCGGUCCCUGCGAGCGAACCAAUUCCCACUGUGAAUACUACGACCCCGCCAAGGGCAGCAAGAUCCCCCGCAACUACGUUGUCCACCUGCAGCACAAGGUGCGCGAUCUGGAGAAGCAGCUCGCCGACCUGGAGAAGGAUGAUGGCGAGCCGGACCCUGAGGAUGUGAUGCGGGGGUCAGCCGCCGUGAAGGUGCAGGACACGGACGAAUCCAAGUUCCUUGGGCCCUCCAGUGGCAUUACCAUCACGCGCCUGGUGAUGCAGCUGGCGAAACAAUUCACCGAUUCAAAGAGCAUUUCAGAAAUUGUCCCAGAUGCGCGCGCGAAAACUAUAAAGGCGGCCUUUGACCAGGAAGAUGCACGGCCCACGUCAAAGGUCUAUCCGCUGGUCAGCGACGUAGCGGCUGAAGACUUGCCGAACAGAGACCUGACGAACCUACUUGUGGAAUUGUUCUAUUGCAAAGUCCAUGCCAUGUACCCGAUUUUCCACGAGCCGACCUUCACCCAGGAUGUGGAAGAUGUAUAUAGCGGGUCCACUGAUGCUUAUCAAAACUUCUGCGUCCGCAUGGUGAUUGCCAUCAGCCUCCAAAGGAUGGACACGCAAUAUGCUGGCCUUGCUGACAGCUAUUACCUCGCCGCUCUGAAGUACUUUGAGCAGGCGAUAAAGCCAAUGAACCUCAAGACUCUACAAUGUUUCGCGCUAAUUGCUGGCUACUCUCUGUUAACCCCCACUAGGACUGCAGUUUACUACAUAGUUGGUCUGGGCGUGAGGCUAUGCCAGGCUCUGGGACUACACGAGGAGAAAACUAUCACCAUGGGCCCUGGUGGCAGGCCUGCUAAUCCUCUUGAGGUUGACAUGCGUCGACGCGUGUUUUGGAGCAUCCUCACUAUGGACUAUGGUCUUUCUCACAGUCUUGGUCGUCCUAGUCAUUUUGCUACCAGGCGCGAACACAUUGAUGUCAAUUUUUGCGAGCUGGUUGAUGAUCCUUUCAUCACAAAGGAGGGCAUCAGACAGGCGCCACAACCUUCGCUGAAGAAAUGGAUAGCCAUUCAUUUCUACAAGAUGCGACUUCUGCAGCUGGAAAUGCGAAGAAAACUCUAUCUCAAGAAGCGACCAGAACCUAAAGAUGAUCAAGAUCCCUGGUUUACAGAAAUGCAGAAGAAGAUCGAAGCGUGGAGAGAUACCAGUCCGGAAAUGGACGCCGGCUCUGGGCUCAACAAAGUCUGGUUCGUUGGAAGAUACAACACCAUGGUCUGUCUCUUGUAUCGCCCCUCGCCUCAGAUCCCGCGUCCGUCGGCCCGAGCUGCGGUCCUGUGUUACGAUGCCUGCCAGUACAACAUCUACAUGACUCAGAAACAGAUCCAAACACAGAGCGUAGACAUAACAUGGAUAUUCACCCAAGCUAUCUUCAUGGUGGUCAACGUCAUGCUCUGGAGUCUUUCAUACUCCGAGGUUCGUCGCAACCAUAGCCGAGAAGAAGUCGAGGGACAUUUGGUGGUAGCGCUCGAGUCGAUUGAGUUGGCAUCCAAACGAUGGCCGGGUGUUGCAUCUGCUCUUGGGCUCUAUCAGAACCUGAUUGGCGCAUGCAUGAGGAUCUACGACAAAGAUGGCGAUAUUCCCAUAGCGGCUGGUUCGCCAUCCGACAGCGCAUCGGUAGUUUCAUCGAGCAUCGUCGAGGGCAUCAAUAGGUCUCGCACAACAAGCCCGGCAUCAGCAUCGACAUCAUCAGUGAGAACGCCCUCAGAAAGUGUACCACCUCCGUUUGGCUAUUUACCCACGAACCAGAAUCACAAUCAAAACAUUUACAACUUCAAUACUCCCAACGGUACCAUGUCAUCGCCGUCCUCGAGCGCCCGGCCUGCUUCAAGCCACACCUCACCCCAACAAGCACCGCCGCAGCCUUACAUUGACACGCAUACGAAGCUUCAAAUAGACAACAUGCCGACAUUCAACUAUCCACCGACCACGCAAUUUACUCCCUUACCCACAACGUUCGCAGAGCUUCCUCACUGGAACCCAACCUUUACAAUGGCACCGCAAGAUUCAUUCAUGAAUGGGAUGCAGCCGGCGCCUUCUCCUAUCUACAACGAGAGCUAUGCGGCACAUCAAGGAUACCCAAUGACCGACUACUUGUACCCACAAUGGAGUCAAGAGGGUGUUGGUCGAGGACACGGCUUGAACCAAGAGCAACAAAUGCAGUUGAUGCAGGAUUUCGAGGCCAAUGAGACCGGCAAGAUCGAGGAAAUGAUCCAACAAAGCCAUCAACUGUUUCGGCCAUACUCCCAGGCACCAUAUUGA